CUUUGCGCGAGUCUGACAAGUGGAUCCAAGAUGGCGUAGAAAGUAAAGCUAGGUAGCAACUGAAGCAAGACAAAAUUUCAAUGCCCAUGCUGAUAUUGCAUGCCCCAGCCACAACAAAUGAAGUUUUGUCCCUGAGUCAUGGCGGACAGGAGAGCGGAGAAAUCAUGUGAAGAAGCCAGCAGAUCCUUAGUCAGGCAGGACUAUGAGGCAGUAGUCAGCCAUAGCACGGACACCUUGGCGGUCCUCGCUCCCCAAAUCCAAUCCACAGGCGCCCCACUCUCACCGAACCCGCCUUCCGGAAGCCUCCGCAAUCGCGCCCUGCUUUACCGCAUCGCUGCCUUUCUUCAGUUGAAAAAAUAUGAUGAAGCAGAUCAAGACUGCAAACAUGUCCUGGCAGAAGAUCGGACCGCGGGAGACAGUUUGCUCCAGGCCAGCUUGAACUCUAUGCAGUUGGAUGGCAGCCUGCAGGAUGUGGCCAGCAUCCUUUCUAAAGCCUUGUUUGGAGAGCCAACGAAUGGCAUCGUUGCAAAGGACAUAUCCAGAUUAAAAAUUCUGUUUUCAGAAAUCGAGGCUAUAAAAAAGAGUGAGAUGGCACCUGAAUACACAGAUGACCAGGAGGAGGAGGUACAAGAUGGCUGGCAGUUCAGGCCCCCUCCUCGAGGAGUCACCAGCAGUGAAGAGUACACACUCUGUAAAAGGUACUUGGAGCAGGGUCUGUGUCGGUAUGGGGCCCAGUGUACGUCGGCCCACUCGCAGGAGGAGCUAAUGGAAUGGCAGAAACGCUACGCAUCGCGCCUCAUCCGUCUCAAACAACAGCAGGAGAGCAAACACUUCACUGAAAAUUACAUGGAGACACUAAUUGAGAAGUGGAUGAACUCUCUGUCUCCAGAGAAAGUGCUUAGUGAUUGUUUAGAAGGAGUCGCUGUUGAAACCAGCUCAAGCCUCUCUCUAACUGUCACCACCAAAAAAUCCUUCCACUCUUGGACCUUCUCACUGCUCUGCAAGCCUCCCAGAAAGCUAUAUCGCAUAGCCCUGCUCUACGAUGCCCACAGACCACAUUUUUCCAUCACAGGAGUUUCUGCUGGGGAGCAGAUCCAAACUGUGUCUGCUGGCUCUCAAGAGUGGACUCCUCAAAACGAAACUGCAGUGGCGGCAGACAAUGGCAUCGACCACUGUGUCUACAAGGUCACCGUGGACUUCACAACAGAGAUCUUUGGCACCUUCAGACAGACAAUAGUUUUUGACUUUGGCUCGGAGCCAGUGCUGAUGCAACGAAUCAUGGUGGAUGCUGCCUCUAUUGAAGAUAUUGAACAUCUGAUGGCAGCUAGACAGCAGCUCUUGAUGACUGCCAAACGUUGGGACUCUUCCUGUAAGACUUUAGUUGGAUUCACACCUAAUGAGACCAUGUGUGAUCUGGAGCGCAGCCUUCUUUCACGCUAUCAAAUCCCACUGUCGGCGGAUCAGCUCUUUACUCAGUCAGUUCUGGACAAGAGUCUGACCAGAGAAAACUACCAAGCCCGGCUCCAUGACCUUCUCUACAUAGAGGAGAUUGCACAAUUUAAAGAAGUUAGCAAGUUUAACAUCAAAGUAAGCCUGCAGCUGGUAUCCAGCUUCAUGCUAACUGGCAUUUCAGUUGGAGCCAAGUAUGCCCAAAAUGGACAACUUUUUGCACGUUUUAAACUUACAAAAACACUGUCUGAGGACACACUGGCUGGACGACUAGUGAUGACCAAGGUGAAUUCAGUUCUCUUCUUGCCAUUGGGCUUGGAGGGCUUCAGCAGCCAUCCUCCUCCGGGGGUUAAAGAGCGUGUCUACGAAGCUGUGAUUGAGGAGAAGACCAAGGAAUACAUCUUCCUCAGGAUUUGCAAAGACUGCUGUGAUGAACUUGGACUACUGCCUGACAGAAAACUCCAGGUGGAGCUCCAGUUCCAGCUGAACAGGCUUCCACUGUGCGAGAUGCACUAUGCCCUGGAUCGCAUCAAAGAUAGUAAAGACAAUAGCAUUCUCUUCCCUGAUGUAAGCCUUGUCCCGACCAUCCCCUGGAGCCCUAACAGGCAGUGGGAUGAACAGCUGGAUCCACGUCUGAAUGCCAAGCAGAAAGAGGCCAUUUUAGCCAUCACGACCCCUGUCACUAUCCCCCUGCCCCCAGUGCUCAUUAUUGGACCCUAUGGCACUGGCAAGACAUUCACUCUGGCACAGGCUGUCAAACACAUCCUCCGCCAGGAAACUAGCAGCAGGGUUCUGAUCUGCACGCACUCCAACAGUGCAGCUGACCUUUACAUUAAGGACUACCUUCAUCCUUACGUUGAAGCAGGCAAUCCACAUGCCAGACCUCUCAGGGUAUACUUUAGGAACCGCUGGGUGAAAACGGUCCACCCAGUGGUCCAGCAGUACUGUCUCAUCGCCAACACACAGGUCACUUUUAAAAUGCCCACAAGAGAUGACAUCCUCAGGCAUCGUGUGGUUGUGGUCACCCUCAGCACUUCCCAGUACCUCUGCCAGCUUGACUUGGAACCUGGCCUGUUCACUCAUAUCUUGUUGGAUGAAGCUGCCCAGGCCAUGGAGUGUGAGACGAUCAUGCCUUUUGCCUUAGCUAGCAGUACCACCCGCAUUGUGUUGGCUGGAGACCAUAUGCAGCUGAGUCCAUUUGUGUACAGCGAGUUCGCCCGUGAGCGAAACCUGCACGUGUCCUUGUUGGACAGACUAUAUGAACACUACCCUUCAGAAUUCCCGUGCCGCAUCCUGCUGUGUGAGAACUACCGCUCCCAUGAAGCUAUCAUCAACUACACGUCAGAGUUGUUUUAUGAUGGCAAGCUGAUGGCAAGUGGAAAGCAGCCCUGUCACAAAGAUUUCUAUCCUCUAACCUUCUUCACUGCACGAGGAGAAGAUGUCCAGGAGAAGAACAGCACUGCCUACUACAACAAUGCUGAGGUGUUUGAGAUUGUGGAGCGUGUGGAGGAGUUGCGCAAGAAGUGGCCAGUAGCUUGGGGAAAGCUUGAUGAGGGCAGCAUUGGAGUGGUUUCGCCGUAUUCGGACCAGGUCUUUCGCAUUCGGGCUGAGCUCCGAAAGAAGAGAAUGCAUGAAGUCAGUGUGGAAAGAGUGCUCAAUGUCCAAGGUAAACAGUUCCGGGUCCUGUUCCUAAGCACGGUGCGGACGCGGCAUACCUGCAAGCGCAAACAAACAGCCAUCAAGAGGAAGGAGCAGCUUGUGGAGGACUCCACUGAGGACCUGGACUAUGGAUUUUUGUCCAACUACAAGCUGCUCAACACAGCCAUCACCAGAGCUCAGUCGCUGGUUGCGGUCGUGGGAGACCCAAUUGCACUGUGCUCUGUUGGACGCUGCAGAAAGUUCUGGGAGCAUUUUGUUUCCAUCUGCCAUGAAAACUCAAGCCUCCAUGGCAUCACCUUUGAGCAAAUAAAGACCCAGUUAGAGGCCCUGGAGCUAAAGAAGACCUAUGUUCUCAACCCUCUGGCUCCAGAAUUCAUCCCCCGUGCCCUCAGGCCACUGCAAGGGCACCCGCCUUCACAGGCCCUACAUCCCCACCACCAUCCCCAUCCUCAGCAUGUGCAGACAUCCUCCACAAAACAGGCACAGCAGCAACAGCAGCAGUCACCACCUAAGGGCAAACAUGCCAACCACACAGAGCACCUUCCACCUGAAGGUUAUGUCCAGCCCAACCCAGCUGUUCUAAUGGGAAACCCAAUCCAGGCAUUUACACCCCCCGUGGGUGCCGCCCCAGCUGGCUUGGGCAAGUCACCAAGUCCUGUUCAAAGGAUAGACCCUCACACAGGCGCCAGCAUCCUUUACGUUCCAGCAGUAUAUGGUGGAAACAUGGUCAUGCCUGUGCCACUUCCUUUGCCAUGGCCAAGUUAUCAGAACCGCUUUGCUGUUGACCCGCGAAUCAUGAGCCACCAGGCAGCCAUGGCCUACAACUUCAACCUCUUGCAGGCCCAGAAUCGAGGCUCUCCUAUUCCUUGCAGUGGAGUGGUACAUCCCUCUCCCCUUGGAGUGGGACAACCAAGCCCUGACACAGAUCUACAGUCGGAUGCAGUCAGAAAUGGAAAACUAGAAGGAUGUCCAAAGUCGGAGCAGACACCUGAGAGAAAAAACACAGAAAUUAAGGAUAAACAGGGCGAUUUUGACACUGGUCGAAGUCUGGAAUCACAGCCCGAUGGUAUAGCUGGUUUUCCAAAUGCAAUGCUUCACCGAAAAGACCCCUCGGCCGGUCAGAGAGCACUCAAUUAUCAUCUGGCUCCACCCAACCCUGCCUUCCCACCACAUCCUGUCAGUGGAAGAUCUCUCCCCCAGCAGUGUCCGGUCUCAAGGCUCCCUUAUCGGGUCAACCAGCCGCAACAUCCACCGAUGGUCCAGCAGAGUCAGCUCAGCCCUGCCUUCCCUGGUGGGGGUCACAGCGCAUCCUUCUUUAGUGGCAAUAUUGCCCCUCAUAGGGCAAUCCAGUCUCCCACUUUAGAUGUGCCAGAAUCAGGAAGCGUUGAAGAGAUGGGAGGCUCUAUUAGGACUUCUGUGGCCCACCUGGGGGGUCACCACCCAAAUCUAUCACAACACCACAACAGAGUCAGUAGCUUUGGGGAGGAAGGACAAGAUGCACCGCACUCAGAUGGUCAUGAUCUGCGAAGGCCCUUGGCUCUGGAGGUCCUGAACCAACAGCAGCAGGCUGCCAGGCUUGGCCAGUGGAAUGAAGCAGCAGGCCCUUUCCUCCCAGGGGGUGUCGCCUUCCCCUUGCCCCAACAAAACCCCCACCUUGCUCAGUCACCCAUGACUCGCUUUUCUCAUCCGUUACACCGUGCAAGUUGGGGCCUUGGUGCCAACAUAGAGGAUGAUGCUAAUUCCACUGGUCCACCAUUCAACAGGUACACAGGCCUCCUGAGAGAAAUCCCCCAGCACGAGUCACCUGAAACCAGGGAAGCAAGUGAAAUUCAACCCCCUCCUCAGUCUCGCCUUCUCCAGUAUCGCCAGUCCCGUGCCUCAGCUGACCCUUCAUCUUUAGCUGCUACUUCAAAUCAUGCCGGCCCAUUUCCGUCUGGACCUUACCACCACGAAAGCGGACGCGAUCACCUUAACAACAACAACGUUCUCAACAACUCAGCUCUGCAGCAGCAUACCGUUGGAAAUUCUCUUUAUAAUAGCAGUUGCUACCAGACACCAGCGCACCCUGCCAGUCCCCCUGCAUCACAGGUCAAAUACCUUUUACAGGAGACCCAGUGGUCCCAUGGUGGAGGCGCAUCCGUGAGCCCGCCACAACAGAGCCACCUGUUAGGUAACCAGGCCCACGGCCUUCCAUACGGACUGCCCAUCAUGGCACCACCCAGCAGGCAGGAGCAAGUCCAUUUGAUGCAGCUUCACCAUCAGCAGCAGCAGCAACAUCAGCAGCAGCAGCAGCAGCAGCAGCAGCAGCAAAGUCAAGACCAGGAGUCCUACCAGUCAUUGUCACCCAGAACAUCUGCAACCACUGCCCUGCACAGUGUAGAUGAGUAUGAACCCAGAGGUCCUGGUCGGCCCCUGUAUCAGCGCCGCAUUUCCUCCAGCUAUCCAGAUCAACCCUCACUUGCCAAUAGCCACAAUGCCAUGUCCCAGCAGUCCCAGUCCUGUGCAGGAGACAGAAAUCAAGACCACCUCCAUCCGCACAUUCAGCAGCAGCAGCACCCACCCCCUCCCUACAGCUACCCGUCACAUGAGCUCUGGCCCAGUAACGGUGGUGGUCCCGGUCCAUUCCAGAACAUUCCAUGUAAUGGAGGUGGGACCCUCACUCAUCAUCGGGAACUUCUAGCUUCCAAGGCCCUCCGUCAGAUGGAGGAGCAGGUAAAGGCAGAGCCACCGGCAGCACAGCAAACACACCCCCACACGCUAAACUCCCUUCAGCACCCUGGACAGUUCCCGCCCCUCAUGUCCAACAAGCAGCAGCCACAACAGGCUCCUGCAGAGCCCGUUCAGGCAGCUCCAAAUCUAAACAAAGCACCUACUAUGUCCUAUGCCAGUGCUCUCCGCGCUCCGCCCAAACCACGAGCGAUUCGACCUGAGCAGGCCAAAAAGAACAGCGACCCACUCUCGCUCCUGCAGGAGCUCACUAUAGGGAGUUCAGAUGGUAGCAAUGGCUACUAUUCCUACUUCAAAUGAGUGUCACCCUCUACCUGUAUACCCCCUAAAACAUUUUAAAAAAAACAAAAAAAAAACAAAAAUGGAGAAAUCUUACCUGAAAAUACAAAAAAAUAGUGCAGUUUAUUUACAAAUCGUUUCGAUCAGUAGGUUUGUUUUCUGCAUUUUGUUCUAUUUUAAACCUUUUAUUUGUAACCGUUUAUGCUGUUUCACAUAUCUGUGAAAAAAAAGUAUAUAUAAUGAAUGCAUUACCAGUAUAUAUACAUAGUCAUUAUGUAUAUAUGAACAUAUAUACUUAUAUUAUCUACAAUUGUAUAUGUACGUAAUGCUAAGAAAAAAAAGUAUUAAAAAAAUUUAAGAAAUUUUGGUUGGCCACUUAGCUUUCCUGUAUUUUUACUUCCAUAUUGAAGUUAGUUUUGCUCUUCACUAAACACACGUGUUGGCAGUUUCGUCGAGUUUUCACAUGAUUUGUUUUUGUACUACUAUAGUUGUGGCAAGGGUCAAAAGCUAAGUGGUCAGCUGACAGAAUCUACAUGGAGAUGUGUAUAGAAGUAGACAGUUUCAUCUAAUCUGUACAUUAAAGACAAUAAAUGACUGAAUCGUAUGCCACAGACAUGUCCUUAAAUUAUUAUAGACCCUUGUUAUGUUUUCAGAUAUGUUGGACAUUCUGCACAGCCAGUUAACCCAAAUAUUCCACAUUUGGCUUCUUGAAGCGUUGUCAUGUAUGGACAUUUUCCCCUCCAUUAUUAGAGCCCAUUUUGAAUCUUUAAACAGGGAAUCGGUGGUGUUGUCAUAUUCUGUUGAAAAGAAACGAAACAAAUAUUGCUUUUAUGCUUUACGUUUUAGGCAUCAGUUAGAAUUUUUAAUAAAGUUUUUCCUGUGGAAGCAAUCCCCUCUCACUGCUCUCAUUGUGGCUGCUUGUUAUUCAAUUUAGUCUCGCUAGGAACAGGAGUUGUGGUGGUUGUAUUUGGGCUCGACAAAACCUCCAAUAAAAUCUGAUAUUGUUACAGAAAGGAUAAAUGAAAUGUGCUGUUAGUAGAAGGACAAGAAGGUCUAACAAUUUGGAAUGUUGCAGUACUGUGAUGGUUUGUGAAUGUGAACUGGAGGGACUUUGAAGCCAGAGUGGAGUGGCAUUCGGGAUAAUUGGAAAGACUUUGCGUCAAAAUGUUUUGUUUUUGGGAUCUAAUCACACGUUUGUGAUAAACAUGUACUGAUAUGGCUGAGAUCUGACUGUUGCACACACUGCUCAUGUUUUCCCAAAAAGACAAUCUACCAACAAUAAUGUGAACACGACAUCCUUAAUCAACCUCAUAAUGAUUUUCAAUUUGCUUUUCGUUUGUGCCAAAUUGGUUUCAAAGUACAGAAGCGCAGUCAAAAAAAAAAAGACUAGUUUUAUUUGGUUUCUGCUGGAGAGGUGGGGGGGCUUUUGCUUCCUAUUAAAACAAUUUGCUAGCUGGUGUACUGAGAGCACUGCUAGUUUUUAACGAAUGAAAAACAAAACUGCUCUUUUGUCCAAUCAGAUAAAAAGUUGGAAGCAGCAGCUAUUUGUGUUCACUGCCCCGUCUGGCUCAAACUAGUGACGUCAUCCCACUGUGCCAUGAUUUUUCAUACAGCAGUUAAAACUUCUUAAAAUGUGAAAAGGGACCUCCUCGUCUUCUUGUGCUGGUAUUUUCAUUGUAUCGCCGAGGUGUAGGUUCUUGUCACUUAAGGUAUAUUAACACCGGAUAAACGUAUACUUGUGUAUAUGCAUUUUCUAAGUAUUGACGAACCCUAAAUUUGAGAAUUUUUGUAGAUGCUAUUCAAACGAAGAGAUAUGUCCUUUUUAAUCAUGCAAUUUCGCAAAAGUCAAAGUCGAAAAAUCCAGUUGGUGGGCUCAAAUGUCGACAUGUUUUUUGUUUGUUUUUUGAUGUUCAGAAUGACAACUUGUUGUUUCACACUACCCCCCCCCCCCCCCCCCACUCUGUACAAUACUUUAGAUUUCUGUUUCUGUACUACAAUCAUGAUUUUUCUUUUUCUUGCAUGGUCAUUUUUUAAUCCCUAUUUUUAUUUGUAUCAACUGUGGGUGGCAAACAAAACUUUUGUUCAACUCUUCACAGUCAAAACUUUUUGGUGUAUUUGGUGUGUACAAUGUGACAUAAACCAGCUAUUCUAUUUUAGUAACAUGUCAUUCAGCAAUGUAUCAGUCAUGUACUAUGUUUUGUGUUUCAAGCGGGGCUCAAGCCGAAGUUGCUCCCUGAUGUGUCUGAAGCUCAUUGGCUGAACUUGUGCAAUACUAAUAUUUCACUGCCUCUCCAGCUCCGAUUGUUUUUGUUUGUUUUUGUGGCAGACGGCAUUGAGCCAAAGACUAUUAGACUAUUACUUUUUUCUCUCUCCCCCUCAUAUGUGUUGCUUGGAUUGAAAUGUUUUGGCCUCCGCUUUUGUCUUUGGAAGAACCCGAGUCAAGCAAUUUGUGAGCGGAACACGAGGGGAGCAACUUUGGCCCAGCCAUCAGAGAUAGAUCAGUGUGUCCAUCUCUUUCUGUCAUCAUGUUGCUCUCAUCUGUUACUCCCUGCAGAGACUCUGUAGUGACUGGCACGUCCAUCCACCCACCCAGCCCCAAAUGGCUAAUCCCUAAUGUGGGUGCAAAAGUACUGAAUAGAUCCGUUUUACUCUUUUCCAUUUCAACUGAUGGUGGUUAUAAUAAAGGAUUUAGACUGUGUUUUAAAGGUUAUUUACUUUGUUUCUCUAUUAAAGUGUUUUUAUUGAAA